AUCUCAAAAAAUAUAUUAAAAUUAUUUAUUUUUAAUAUUAAAAAGAAAAAAAAGCUAAAAGAAAAAUGCCUGAGAGAGAAGAACACUGAGACUGAGACUCGAAGACUUUCUCUGUAUGAAGCUCCAAAAUUUUCCCGAGAAAAUAACCAGCCUUUUGCAAUCCUAACUAGAUAAGCAUUGUUAGCUGGGGAGUAAAGAGUUUACAUUUCAGAACUUACUUUGAGAUUGUUUGGUCAUGGGAGAGGAAGAUACGGUGGCUGAGGGAGCUGAGACUGUGGCAAAUGGGACUAACCCGCUGGAAAAAACCAGUGACACUGUGACUGAGAAGAAAGUGGAGGAGGUAAAUGAUAAGACAAAGGAAAAAGAUAUAAAGGUGAAUGAUGAGCCAAAGGAAAAGGAAAAGGAAUUAGAGGUAAAUGAUGAGCCAAAGGAAAAGGAAAAGGAAUUGGAGGUAAAUGAUAAGCCAAAGGAAAAGGAAAUGGAGGUAAAUGAUGAGUCAAAGGAAAAGGAAGUGGAAGUAAAUGAUGAGCCAACGGAAAUGGAGGAAGAUAAAAAAGAUGUCAAUAAAGAUGAAGCUGAGAAAAUGGAUGAAGACCCCAAGGGAGAUGAAAGCAUAGAUGAGAAAGAAAAAGAAGAAGCAGGGGAGCCUAAAGCUGAACUGACGAAAGAAGAAACUCCAGAUAAAAAAGAAGAAAAGAAAAAAAAGGACAAAGUUAAAGAAGCUGCAGAUGAGAAGAUUGGUGUGUCCAAGGAAGAAGAGCAGGAUAAGGAUGAGAAACCUGAAGAACCUGAGGAGGAAAAAGAAUCAAAGAAGCGUGUCAAAGGGAAGAGGUCAGAGAAAACUAAGAAGGAGAGGAAGGUGGUGGUGGAAAAGGAGAAAGAGCCAAUAACUCCUGUAAGUGAUCGCCCUGUACGAGAGCGCAAAUCAGUUGAAAGGCUGGUGGCGACUGUUGAUAAAGAAUCUGUCAGGGAAAUCCAAAUUCCAAAGGGCAAGGGUACACCACUGAAAGAUAUACCCAAUGUGGCUUUCAAAUUUUCAAGGAGAAGAACAGAUGACACUUUCAAAUUACUUCAUUCGAUUCUUUAUGGUAGAAGAGUAAAGGCAUUUCAGAUCAAGAGUAAUAUAUCUCGGUUUUCAGGUUUUGUGUGGCAUGAAAAUGAGGACAAGCAAAAGAACAAAGUGAAGGAAAAACUUGAUAAAUGCGUCAGAGAGAAAUUGCUGGAAUUCUGUGAUUUGCUUGACAUACCAAUUACCAAAACUACAACUCGUAAGGAAGAUAUUGUUGCAAAGCUGAUAGAAUUUUUGUUGGCCCCUUGUGCUACUACAACUGUGUUACUUUCCGAAAAAGAGAAGUCAGAUAAAGGGAAAAAACGUAAGAGAGUAGCGAAAGGAAGAUCGUCGAGGGGCUCAUCUGCAAAACGCUCAGUUAAGAGAAAGAAUGAGGACACUUCAAAAGCAGAAGCCAAAAGUCAUGGAUCUGAUUCGGAAGAUGAAUCUGAAGAUGAAGAAGAAGAAAACAAAGAAGAAGAAGAUGAAGAAAAUGAGGUGGAAAACGAAAAUGGUGUUCCGGAAAAAUCUGAAGAUGAGGUUAGUGAGCAUUCUAGAAGUGAAGAGAAAGAGGAAUCAGAAGAGGAAUCCGAAGAAGAGGUAAAAAAACGUAAAAGAAGUUCUAAAAAAACUCCUCAAAAGAAAGAAUCUGCUGGAAAAGCUAAAAGCAAGAAAAUAACUGCUUCACCUAAGUCCAGCCCCCCACCUAAGAAAACACCAAAGAAAUCAUCAAAGCAGUCUAAGGAUGAUGAUGACAGUGAUGCAAGUCCAAAGGUAUUCUCAAGGAAGAAAACAAAUGAAAAGGUUGCAAAAGCCCCGUCUACAGCAAAAAGGACCCCGAAGGAGAAACCAGGGAAAAAGACUGCUAAGGGAAAGGACAAGAGCAAACAGGAUAAAUUGAAGCCAACUGAUGAUGAGCUGAGAGAUGCAAUAUGCGAAAUCCUUAAAGAAGUCGACUUUAAUACGGCUACUUUCACCGACAUUUUGAAGCUACUCGCUCGGCGAUUUGAAGCGGAUCUGACACCGAUGAAGUCGUCUAUAAAGCUGAUGAUACAGGAGGAGCUUACAAAACUAGCUGACGAGGCAGACGAAGAAGAAGAAGAAGAUGGAGAAGGCAAUGCAGAGAAGGAUAAAACUCAGUCUGGUGGGCAAGAAGUAGAAGCCUGAUAUGAACAAGAUUGGAAUAGGAGUUGGUGGGGACUAUGAAAGUAGUAGUAUAACAAUAAUUUUAUUUCCUCUUUUGUCCUUUUGACUUAUUUGUGGAUGACAUGCAUGUUAGUGUAUCAAGUCCCUUUGAGUAGUCUUGUCUGUAAUCUCUUUGUUUAGUAUUUUUAUUUGGUACAACAAGCAAACUAGUGAGAACUAAACUAAGCCUGUGAAAGUGUAGCUUUUCAAUGUAACACAUUUAACAUAUUUUGUAGGAAUUUUUAUUUAUUUUUAAUAGAACUACUGACACUUUGUGGAAGAAA